GAUGGAUACACGAUCAAAUACGUUCCUAGUGGAGGGGUUAGUCAAACCACUCGUGUAGAUGGAGAUGUGAAAACAACGACGUUGACUUCACUGGAGAAAUACACUUGGUAUACUGUAACGGUAUUAGUAAGGAAUAGUCKGUAUGAUGGCCCAGAGAGUACAGUUUCAAGAAAAAGAACAAUGGAAGAUGCUCCGUCGUGUUCUCCAACGCUUCUUACAGCCAAAGCUACCACCUCGACCAGUAUUGUURUCAMUUGGACACCUUUGUCGGCAAACACGAAAUGCUUGAAUGGUGUUCUGAGGAAGUAUAAAGUGUACUACAGAAAGACAAGUGGAGGGCCAUCCAAUUCGCCUAUUUCUGUUGUCAAAUGGUCUUCAUCCAAAGAAAUUUCAGGACUAGAUAAAUACACGAGAUACGAGUUUCAAGUUCUCGCUUGCACUGUUGGUGAUGGUCCGCGAAGUAAUGCUUUACAGGAAACAACUAAUCAGGAUGGUAAGCCGGUUCAAUACCAUUUCUCAUGUGUCUAUAUCUGUCUGUUUGCCUGUCUGUCAUUCUGUCUGUCUGUCUGCUCUUAUUCAACCGUUAUUUGA